AUGCACGUGAGGCACACUCCAUACAUGGGCGAGUAUGGCCCCUGUACAGAGUUAGCAAGCUCUAAGGCCACGGAGACGAGGAGUGCCUGUGUUGUCACCACUGCCUCUAUCAAAGCUACUGACCGACCUGUGCGUGUGUUGCCGCGUCAGGAAGGGAGUGUUGCGUCUCCAGGCACCUCCCGCCUCACUCCUUGCUUCCUCCCGUCUCCCAGAGUCUACACACCUGCACUCUUGAGGAGGGUCUUCCCCUUCCGAGUGGCGUCCGCGCUUGCUUCCUUCGUCAGGCACCUCCCGCCUCACUCCUUGCUUCCUCCCGUCUCCCAGAGUCUACACACCUGCACUCUUGAGGCCUGCACCACACCUGCGAGGGAAGGAUGUCCCAAGGCUGCCUCCCAAUGUCACACCUUCUCCAGGCCUGCACCACACCUGCGAGGGAAGGAUGUCCCAAGGCUGCCUCCCAAUGUCACCUUUUCCUGUCUCCAUCGCUCCAUCUUGGCAUACCUCACUUGCUCAUCCAGCUGCUGCCUGCAAGGUGGAGAAUGUUUACACCUGGAAACGUUGCAAUAAAUGAAGAAGGAAG